AUGGAGCGCAGAGAGAGACAAGCGAGAAACCAGAGGCAGGAGCCGAGACCCGCGAGCAGAGAGCUGCAGCGAUCCCGAGCGUUCCCCGCCCAAGCCGCAGCCCGGCUGCACUGCGCCCCGGCCACGCCCCGCGCGCUCCGCCCGCCCUGCCGAGCCCACCCGCCAGGAGGAAAGCAGGCUGCAGGCUGGGGGGCGCACCGCUGCCGGGGGCUCCGGACCAGGUGGGCAGCACUAGAUGGAAGCAGUCGCACAUGUUGGCGGCCGGUGGUGUGGACUCGCAGCGCCCGGCGCGUCCAGUCUGGGCCCGGGCUCCGAGUGGGUCAGCGGACGCGCGGCACCGCGCUUUCCUCCGCUGCCCUGGCGCUGCCGCGGGAAGCUAGACUCGGACUGCGGACAGAGCCCACGCCCCGAGACCCCGCCACCGCCACUGGCCCAGCCCCGCCAGCGCUCCGCCCGCGCCGCGCGCUGGCCACUGCGGAGCGCUCACGGGGACAGCGCCCUGGCCUCAUUCAGACCAUUGGCCGCCGCGCCUCCUCGGCCCCGCCCCAGUCUGAUCAAGCCCCACCCCACGCCCAUCCCCUAACCAGGCUUUUCCCAGACCCCUGCCAGCGGAGAGAACAAAUAACCCAUCCCGGUGGCAGGGUGGCGCCCUGCAUGACCCAGCUGUCUGCCUCUUCGAGGAGGGACCAGCAGUGGGGUGUGGAUGGACCUCGAGUCCGGUGGAGGAAGCAUCGUAAGGCUGCACGGGGUCCAGGUCGCAUCGGGCGCGGGGAGGGGGAGGCGGGAGGAGGUGCAAUGGAGCUGGAUGGCCGGGGCGCUGACCACCUGGUCGGUCGCCGAAGGAGCGGCUGCGCGCUGACCCGGGUAAGGGAGCCGCUGACGGGUCCCUGCUCCAGGCAGGAUGAUAUGUCGGGGGCACUAACUUCUGGAGCCGCUCGCCAAGGAGCGCUCACGAGGGCUCAGAAGUGGACGCAGCAGGCCAGGGCUUCCGCCUGUGAGCACGCGAAACCCAGCUCUCGAGACAGCUCUUGGGCUUUGCCCUCUCCAACUCCAAGGGUCAUCUGGACCCUGCCUCUGGCGAGGGAGACCCCCUGCGCUCGCUCCUGCUGGAGGCCCCGUCCCUACCCGCCUCUGAGCGAUGUGGGCAUGACCGCGCCUUUUGGGGCCACCAAGCCCCCCCCAGACCCUGUUCAGUGGACACCCACCCAGGGCACCAAGGUGCAAGACCCAGGACAGCUGGGGAGAGCGCCUGACCACAGUCCUCAGGGUCACCUGAAAGGGCAGGCAGGUGAGCUCUCUCUGGACCUGGCCCCAGGGAGGCCAAGUGAUGGCCGGCUGGAGGGGACAAAGCUCCCCUGGGACCUGCCUAUACUGGACGGGCCCGCCCCACUCAUGGACAGCAGUCUGGACCUGGGCGAACCCAGCAAUGUCUGGGGGCCUUUUGAAGGCUUCAGGGAAUCUUCAGCCAUGUCCCUUCAGCUCCUGGAGGGAUCAGAAGAGCUUGGCCUGUCCAGAGCUGUGUCCCGCCGGGAAGAAUGUGGUUUUCUCUGGCCACACCAGGGUGAACCUGGUGGUCAAGAUAACUUCGAGGUCACACAUUCUAAGCUCCUCCUCACCUAUGAGAAGAUUUUUAAGUUUGCUUUUCAAGAAACACCAGUUCAGCCAGCAACUGAGGAUGUUUCCAGUUUAGACCAGAUUUUAGCAGCAAGCGAUGCAGGAACUGCGAGCUCUGGCCCGGAGCCCUGUUGCUCUGAGCCCAGAUCACUCUGGAGAGCUCUUCAGAGCACAUGCAGCGCGUCCACGUUACCAGGCCUGUGGAAUGAGCGCCGCCGCUGCCAGGAACGCCUCUUCCUUGUUCUCGGAAUUGACACGGCUCAGAAGGUACUUACUGGGCUCUGGGGAGUGAGCGUGCUGGCGCUCAGGCGCCUCCCUGAGUCCAUAAAUCGCCAGAUUAAGCCCGUUAACCCUGAGACAAGGUGUCUAUCCAAGGAGUGGACUCUGGCCAACAGCUACCACUUGGGCAGUGAACGUGGUGGACGGGUACGACCUCUGCCCGAUGUGACAAGGAUGGCUCUCAGGGCACCCCAUUCACAAGCAGGGGGACUGGUCACAUACAGCCUCUUUGUGAAGACCCCCUUCCUGGGACCUGCGCAGCAUCUCACAGCGCCGAGGAGAAAACUGUUAAUACUGCAUAAGAGUGACGUGCACUGA